CUGGAAGAGACCCAAGAAACCGCUAUAUUAGUCAUCAUUGAAGCUCCUACUUCUUGUCAAACACUCUCAGCAUUUUAUUUGCAAUGGCUCCUGAAUCACAGCCUUACCAAGUCCAACCUCACUUUGUUUUGAUACCCCUGAUGGCUCAAGGCCAUCUUCUCCCAGCGGUAGACAUUGCCAAGCUAUUGGCACAGCGCAACGCUGUAGUUACUAUUGUUACAACACCUCGAAAUGCUGCUCGAUUUAGCAACAUAACAAAUCGUUCCGUUCAGGCCGGGCUUCCUAUAAAUGUUGUACAAAUUGAGUUCCCGGCGACUCAAGUUGGGUUGCCUGAUGGGUGCGAAAGCGCAGAUGCAGUUCCUUCACUAGACUUGUUCAAGAAUUUCUUCACUGCAAUGAGGAUGAUGCAAGAACCAGUGGAAAAAUUGUUCCAGGAGCUGAAACCAAGUCCAAGUUGUUUAAUUUCGGAUAGAAAUUUCGCAUGGACAGCUGAUGUCUCUUCGAAGUUUCAGAUUCCAAGGAUUUUAUUUGAUGGGACAAAUUGCUUUAGUCUCUUUUGCUCCCAUAAUCUGCAUAAAUCUAAGAUCCAUGAGACUCUGUCCGACUCAGAGUCCUUUGUAAUACCAGGAUUAUCUGACCAAUUCACGUUUAGAAGAUCUCAGCUACCUGGUCUCUUUAAUCCAGGCUCAAAUAAAGAUUUCAAUAAAUUCAGAGAAGAGGUGAAAGCAGCAGAAGCAGGGGCGUAUGGGGUCAUUGUUAACAGUUUUGAAGAAUUAGAGACAGAAUUCCUGAAAGGGUUUCAAAGUGCAACAGGAAGUAAAGUGUGGUGCAUUGGACCAGUGUCACUGUGUAACAAGGAUGACUUAGAUAUGGCUCAGAGAGGUAACAGCGAAGCCUCAACUGAAGUGAAUCCCUACUUGAAGUGGCUUAAUUCAUGGCCAGCAAACUCAGUCAUUUAUGCUUGUCUUGGAAGUCUCAGUAACCUUACACCUGCACAAUUGAUAGAGCUUGGUUUAGGCUUGGAGGCAACAAACAGGCCGUUUAUUUGGGUUAUAAGAAGAGGGCAGCACGAUAUCACAGAAUUGAACAAGUGGUUAGAAGAUGGGUUUGAAGAAAGAGUAAAAGGACGAGGGCUAUUGAUAAGAGGAUGGGCACCUCAGGUUCUGAUUCUGUCACAUCCCUCAACUGGAGCAUUCUUAACGCAUUGUGGGUGGAAUUCAACACUAGAAGGGAUUUGUGCCGGCGUGCCAAUGAUUACAUGGCCUUUGUUUGCUGAGCAGUUUUUCAAUGAGAAGUUAGUAGUGCAUGUGUUGAAAACUGGUGUGCCUGUGGGGGCUGAAGCUGUGAUGCAUUUGAAAGAGGAGGAGAAGUUUGGUGUGCAAGUGAAGAAGGAAAAAAUAAGCGAGGCUAUAGAAAAGGUAAUGAAUGAAAAUAAUUAUGAAGAGAGAAGGAAAGAAGCAAGAAAGCUUGCAGAAACGGCAAAGAAGGCAGUAGAAGAGGGAGGAUCUUCUUACCGUAACAUCACUUUGUUAAUUGAAGAUAUCAUUCAGCAACAAAUGAGCAAAAGGGAGAAAGUGAUGAUGCAAGAAAAUUAGUGAUUACACUUGCAAUUUCUAUAUUUUUAUGUUGUCUGUUAGUUUAAAAAACUUUUGUAGCACUGAAGCAGAUAUGCAGAGUAAUAAAAAGUAUGUAGAGUUUUGCUUAA